AAUUUAUGCAAAUUUAGCUCUGCUGCAAAACUAAAUGAUUAAAUAAUAAUUUACUAUGGAGACACUAUCACUUUAUGAAUUGCACAAAAUUUGCAGGAUUUGUUUAAAAAGUGAUUUGUUAGUUUCCAUAUUCAGUCCAACAUUUUUAUUGCGUCCUAUUGAGAUGAUAGAAAAAUUGCAUAUAUUUAAGUUUCAGGCGGAUGAUAAUCUACCAACAUUGCUGUGUCAAUCUUGUCUAUAUCGUGUACUGGAUGCCUACAAUUUGCAGCAACUUGCGGAGGCCUCAGAACAAAGACUACGAGACUGCAUUUGCAUAACGAAUGAGGGAGCUGUUUCUUCAUUAAAUUUAAAUUCCAUUACACAGGAUUCCUAUGUGCCAGCUAGUGCUGAAAAUGCUGCCAAAGAAGCUGAUACUACUGCUGCCAUCUAUGCAAACAUCUGCGAUAUAUUUGAACGGAAUUCAAAUGACAUUGAAGUUGAGGCGGAGGAUGUUUUGAAUGAUGUGGAAAUCGAUGUGAGCAGUUUGACACGCUCCGAUGCUGAUGAUACUCUAAGCGAGGUAUUUGUGUGUACGAAUCCUGAUUCAGAGUACAUUGACCAAACAUUUAGUGAAAUUACAAAUGGUAAUGUGCUGGGGAUCAAUAAAAGUUCAUAUGACAAUCAAAAAAAAAUACAAAUAUCAAAAAGUUGUAGUAAACGUAAGAAAAAUAAUCUCAAAAUUCCUGAAAAGUGUUUGGAAUGCGGUAAAACUUUUAAUUAUUCUGGGUACUUAGAGGCGCACAAACGCAUACAUAGCGGCGAAAAGCCAUUUAAAUGUAAGUUGUGUUCGCGUAGUUUUAGUCAGUCCAGUAAUUUAAUUUUGCAUCAGCGCACUCACACUGGCGAGCGACAUUUUCAGUGUGAAAUAUGUUCGAAUUUUUUUACAACUUCCAGCAAUCUGAAAGCGCACAGACUUACACAUCUGGAGCAACGCAAUUUCAAUUGUAAGCACUGCAAUCGGAGUUUCAAAACCAUGCGUGAGCUGCGUCGACAUGAACCGAUUCAUCGAGACCUAAAGGAUAUGCUGAAAUGUGAUAUGUGCCCAAAGUUAUUCACAAAACAACGGUACUUAAAUGUGCACAUAGCAAGUGUCCACCGCGGCAUUCGUCGGCAUAAAUGCCCACAAUGUGCCAAAGUGUUUAGCAAUCGUUCCAAUUUGGUGUGCCACAUUAGAACUCACACAGGUGAGAAGCCGUUCGAAUGCAGAUUUUGCACAUGGAAAUUCAAUCAGUCGUCAGCAUUGGUGCGACACAUGAAAAAACAUUUUAAGAACAAAAGUAACAAAAUCUGCAACAAGGAGCAACAGGAGACUGGACUUGUGAACAGUGCUUUGGUGAAUAAUUUUUUGCAUGAUGCUGAAGUGCUGAAUGUGAACGAUGCUUUGGUUUCCACAUUGCCAUCACAAACUAACUUUAACUUAUUGUCUUCUUUGCCAAGUUUGCCUGCAAUGCAUAAUAUGAACGCAGAACUAACUGAUGUAGGCCUUAGUAGUAAUGAUUCGACUCUAUCCUCAGCAUCCACAUUGAAUGCUUAUGAUUUCACAAAAGAUGGCAUAUUAGAUUUCUCGUCUGGUCAACACCAUCAUGAGACCACCAGCUUAUAUUAGACAAUUAAAUAAAACUAAAUUAUAAGCUAA